AUGACUCUGAGUCUGUGUGUGCAACUCGUUUCGAGGCUGCCCGCCGUCGCCGUUCUCCACCUCCGAAGAUCCUGCGAGUUCAGCCCGCGAGUGAGCAUGUCGUCGUACUCCCCGCCGCCGCCGCCGCUGCCGGACCAGUCCCUGGACACGGAGGCACCCAACGCGCCCGUCACCAGGGAGCGGAGGCUCAACCCCGAUCUGCAGGAGCAGCUCCCCAAGCCAUAUCUCGCGAGAGCUCUGGAGGCGGUGGAUCCGAGCCACCCGCAGGGGACCAAGGGGCGCGACCCCCGCGGCAUGAGCGUGCUUCAGCAGCACGCCGCCUUCUUCGACCGCAACGGCGACGGCAUCAUCUACCCAUGGGAGACGUUUCAAGGCCUGCGAGCAAUAGGAUGUGGACUCCCUGUAUCAUUCGUGGGCUCGAUACUGAUCAACCUCUUCCUCAGUUAUCCCACUCAGCCGGGAUGGUUACCUUCUCCUUUGCUGUCCAUCCAUAUAAACAACAUCCACAAGGGUAAGCACGGGAGUGAUUCUGAAACUUAUGACACUGAAGGGAGGUUUGAUCCAUCAAAGUUCGAUGCUAUAUUUAGUAAGUAUGGUCGAACUCAUCCUAAUGCUUUGACAAGAGACGAGCUGGGCUCAAUGCUUCAAGGAAACCGCAAUACGUAUGAUUUCCCUGGCUGGAUGGCCGCUGCCGGUGAAUGGCUCUUACUCUACAGCUUGGCAAAAGACAAGGAUGGCCUGUUGCAGCGUGAAACUGUCCGUGGUCUAUUUGAUGGGAGCCUAUUUGAGCGACUCCAAGACCACAACAGCAAGAAAUCGUCCUGA